AUGAGCGCGAGCGGCCCGGCGGCUCCCGCGGACGGCCCCGCGCCGCCGCCGCCGCCGCCCGGGCCCGGCCCGGGGCCCGCGCCGCCCGCGCCCGCCGCCGCCGCCGCCCGGGACGCCAUGGACGGGCGCGCCGAGCUGCCCGCCUUCCCGCGGGCCGGAGCCCCGCCGCUCGCCGCCAGCGACACGGUGCCCGCGCCUCCCGAGGGGGCCGGGGCUCCCCGGCCCGCGCCGCCGCCGCGCCCCACCUCCUUCUCGGUGCUGGACAUCCUGGACCCCAACAAGUUCAACAGCAGAAGACGCCGCUGCGUGCUGCUGGGCCCCGUGGCGCCCGCGCCGCGCGCCCCGUACGCCCCGGCCCCCGCCGCCCCGGGACGCCCGCCGCGCCCCGAGGAGCCGGAGCGCCGGGCCCUCGCCGCCGCCGGAGGAGCUGGAGCCGGUACCGGAGCGGAGCCGCCGCACGCCGGCGACCCCUGCAAGGCGGACGAGGCCGAGGCCAACGGCUACAGCAGCGGCGGCGGCCGCAGCCCGAGCGCGGACAGCGGGGACGAGGCGCCCGACGACGAGGACGAGGACGAAGCGCCCGAGGCGGGGGCGGCGCGCGGCGCGGAGGCGCGGGGAGGCGGCAGCGGCCUCGGGGCCCGCGGGUCGGGCUGCCAGGGCGAGGCCGAGGAGCCCCCCGGCGCCGUCGACGAGGCCGCGGCCCCCGGCCCCCGUGGGAACUCGCCCGGAGCGCCGGGCCAGCCGGGAGCCCCGGCGGCGGCGGGGCCUGGGGGCGCGGGGACGACCCCGCAGGGCGCGGCAGCGGCGGCGAAGCCCAAGCGGAAGCGCACGGGCUCCGACUCCAAGUCGGGGAAGCCGCGGCGCGCGCGCACCGCCUUCACCUAUGAGCAGCUCGUGGCGCUGGAGAACAAGUUCAAGGCGACACGCUACCUGUCGGUGUGCGAGCGCCUCAACCUGGCGCUGUCGCUGAGCCUCACCGAGACGCAGGUGAAGAUCUGGUUCCAGAACCGCCGCACCAAGUGGAAGAAGCAGAACCCGGGCGCAGACACCAGCGCGCCGACCGGCGGCGGCGGGGGCCCGGGGCCGGGCUCCGGGCCGGGCGCGGGGCUGCCCGGGGGUCUCAGCCCGCUCAGCCCGUCGCCGCCCAUGGGCGCGCCGCUGGCCAUGCACGGCCCGGCCGGGUACCCGGCGCACGGCCCCGGCGGCCUGGUGUGCGCCGCGCAGCUGCCCUUCCUGUCGAGCCCGGCGGUGCUGUCGCCCUUCGUGCUGGGCUCGCAGACCUACGGCGCGCCCGCCUUCUACGCGCCGCACCUCUGA